AGACAGGUUUGUGAAACUGCAUAUUCAAUCAAAGUAUUUAUUUAAAUUCAUAUCAAUCCACGCUAUAUAAUCAUGAAAACAUUUAACACAAUUGAUGGUAGGCCUAAAAAACUGUUAUUAUUGAAAACCAUAGACUUCUAAUAGCUCUUCCAAUUGUCUUCAAAAUAAAAACCUCAUAAAGGAACAUCAAUCUUUCUCGAAAUUAACUUCGAUAUUCACUUAAAUACAAAGCUUCAUACCCUUUUAAUCACAUCCUGCCACUAAAACGGUCAUAAAUCAUUAUGAAUGGGGAGAACAUUUAUCAUUGAAAUUUCAACAGAUUCGUUUUUCUACAAAAUUAGCUUUAUCAAUCGCGAAGUACACCUGACGUGUACACCACGAUGGCAAGAACGUUAUUUCUACGGAUUUUUCUACUCACUUUAAUAAAAUUUGCCAGUGGUCUACAGUCAGAUGACUCUCCACGUUUGCGUACCUUCAAAACUUAUCAUUUCUACAAAACCGCACCAUGCGUGCUUUAUAUCUUAACAAAAUACUUUUCAUGUGGCACAGUAACCACAUUUAUAAACCCAGAUUUAGGUAUAGACCCACUAAUCGAGAGACUGAACAGUGAAGAAUACUGUCAAAGUGUUAUUCUGAAAUCAUUUCAAGACCGAAGUGGCUUUAUCCUUACAAAUGUAUACGUUAUAACCGCAUACGAAUAUGAAGAUAUGGUCUCGGGUUUGCUUUACUUGAAGAGGGACAAGUUUUGGAAUCCAAGGGCAAAAUUUAUAAUUACAAUAAAACGGCUAAAAGACGAAGAAGUUGAGUUGGUUUUCAGAAAUCUGUUAAAGCACAGAAUUUACAGUGUUGUUGUCAUACGAAAUAUGAUAUCUGAUGCUACCAUUUAUACGUACUACCCCUUUCAAAAUAACAAGUGCGGCAAUAUAUUUAAUGAAGCGGUAAUACUUGGUACUUGCGAGGACAGAUCAAACAUAACAGAUUAUUUUCCAACAAACGACAUUACAUUACUCAAAAAUUGCGUUAUCAGAAUAGUAGCCAGUGACGAUGUCCCUAAUUUCAUUUCGCCAUCAAGCAAUUUCACUGUGUAUGGAAAAUAUGUAUCUGGUUUGGAUCAAUACCUUUUGGAAACAAUUGCAGAUAAAGAGGGUUUCAAAACCCAUUACGACAUUUUCGAUGUGGAAGAAGUGGAAGGAAUAGUACUGCCAAACCUGACUUCAACUGGACUCCUCAUGUACUUAGAUCAUGGCAUAGCAGACAUUGCCGCUGGUGGAUUCGUGCUCAUGGAGAACAGAUACCAAUUAUUUGACUUUAUCUGGGGUUUCAACUACGCCAGUUACUAUUUGUAUACUCCAGCUAUUGGAGAUCAGAAAUGGAAACAAGCCUUCAAAGAAUUUGGAGUAGAAACUUGGGUACUGAUAUUUGCCUCUUUCUUAUUAGUAAUGUUCGUUUGCAUCAUCUUGAAAAACCUUCUUAUUGAUGAUACAUUUUCAAGUUUAAACUUAUGGGGAUAUUUUUUUGGAAACGCGAAUUCAGGGUUGUCAAUAAAUAAAACAUUCAGAAUUAUAAUUCUCUGCUGGGCUUGGUUUGCGUUUUUUAUCAGCAAUUUAUACAACACAGCUUUAUGCAGUUUAAUAGCUGUUCACGUGCAUGUAAAACCACAUAUGGCUAAUAUAGAUGUUUUGAAAAGCUUAAGUUAUAAACCAUGUAUUAGUGACAAUACAAGGAUGUACUUUAUGUUUGCCUACAAUCAAACCUUGCCCGAAGGUGAAUAUAUUCACGACUGUACCUACACUGAUGGAUCUUUAGCAUACUCUGCGUCAACCAAAAACUAUUACUCUAUUGAAAUGGAGUACAGUUAUAAACUAAAGGAAUACGAAUACCUGGAUAUUUACGGGAAACCAAAGUUAGAUGGUUCGGUGUUCACAGACUCUCAAAUUAUCGUCAUGUAUCUAGUGCGCGGAUUUCCUUUCAUCGAAAAGUUCCAAGACUAUGCACUCCGUUUGUUUGAAUCUGGACUAACAACCAACCAUUUGAAGUUCAUAAACUUGAGGAGUUUUAACGUCAUGCAAAGACAUCCGAAACCCUUCGAGCAAAUCAAUCUCAAUGAUUUGAAGGUACAUUUUUGGAUUCUCAUUGUGGGGCAAAUUUUGUCGUUCAUUUGCUUUCUUUUUGAAAUUUGGUAUAAGUAUAUAAAGCAGGAUAAGGUGUUUAAGAAGAUUGUGUAAGGUUGAU